AUGCGAAUGGUUAUCUGUCAGGAUCUCUCCGAGGUGUUUUUGCCUGAUUUGAAUGGUAUGGUCAAUCGGAUCAACGACUGUGCACAGCCGAUCAUCGACCUUCUUCGUCAACUCCCAAGCGAGUUUGCCAACACCCAGGCAACUUCGAACUGCCUCGGUUUCGUCCUUCAGGUUGAUUUUUUCCAUUGCUUUCAAAACACGAGAUUCACUUACUCACCAUCAAGCAAGCAUCUUUACAUUCGAUGCACUAAAGCAUCUAAUCUGCACAUGCAGACAUUUUACUGUCUUGUAAGAUGCACUUCAUCGCAAUCGUUUCUCGUUGGCAUGGAAAUCGCAAGUCUACUCAUGUGUUUUGUCCUUUGGCAGAUCUCGGUUGAUUUGUUUAUGUUGAACUCCAAUUACUGCGAUAUCGCGACUAUCUCAGGUGUAGCGCGCUUCUCCGGCGGCGGAGUGUACCACUAUCCCAACUUUCACUACGAUCCUGAAGCACAGAGGCAGCCGGUCGGAGGGGGUGAUACGGGUGGCCAUCAGGAGCAGAAAAGGAAAUUGGCUCCGUAUGAGCUGUGUGAUUAUGUGGAGGUCGAGAGCCUCCGCAGGGAUCUUCUACGUUAUCUGAUAAGGAAAAUCGGCUUUGAGGCUGUUCUCCGCCUGCGCUGCACCCGAGGUCUUACUGUUCAGAACUUCUACGGCAACUUUUUCAUGCGAUCAGUUGACCUCUUAAUCUUGCCAAUUGUGAACCCAGAUGCAGGCUACGCCAUGCAGUUGGAAAUAAAUGAGAGACUGGACAGUUUUUCAACAGUUAUAUUUCAGGUCGCACUGCUAUACACCUCGGCCUUCGGGGAUCGUCGAAUUCGUGUGCAUACCCUGUGUAUCCCAGUGACCAAUUCGCCGGAGACCAUCUUCAACCACGCGGAUGAGGGUGCCGUGGCCUGUUUGGUGGCCAAGAUGGCAGUGGAGCGCACCAUCUCCUCGAGUUUGAGCAACGCUCGUGAGGCUCUCACUACGGUGAUGGGAGACAUUCUUUCCGCUUACCAGAACGAGCGUAACAGAGGCACCUCGCACUCUUCCCUUUCCGACAUCUGUCCCGCCUCUCUCCGCCUCCUCCCCUCCUACCUGUGUGGCGCGUUGCGCUUCGCAGCGUUUAGGAACCAUAUUUCCACUUCACUAGAUGUUCGCUCCGGGGCUUUAGAGUUACUCAUUGGUGCUUCCACGCAUCGCGUGCUCUCCCUCAUAUAUCCUCGCUUGUACGCUGUCAACUCCCUCAUAACCGAGCCCGUCUGUGGCAAGAACGCCACCCUUGCGCAAAAGUUCGCUUCUCUCUCUCUAAAAGACGAGCCUUUUGUUCCUCUGCCGUGCCUACCUUUGACAGGAAAAUCAAUCACGCGCGACGGUGUCUUUCUUCUCGAUACGGGCAGUUUGAUCCUUCUACUAGUGGGCUAUGGCAUCCCAGCAUCCGAUCUGCAAUCCCUCAUCGGCUACUCAAAUAUAGAAGAGUUGACAGUGGAAAAGUCGUUGACAAAAUUGGCCGAUUUGCCGGAGGGGGAGAAACCGCCACCACCCAGAAAGCGUCUCCAGGCGCUCGUUAAGUCCAUCCAACGCGACCGGUCACUUGGAACCGCACUUGUUUUGAUCCGGCACGAUGUGCCGGAGCCACUGAAGAGCCGCUUCAUCAAUGCACUUGUAGAAGAUAGGACAUCAACGGCGCCAUCGUACCCAGAGUACGUGCAAAUGAUUCUCAGUGGACGGUCUUAG